GUUCGAUAAUAGGGUGAAUGAGUAAGGUUUGAAUUUCAGGAUACUUCUUACAUGCAAUGGAACGGCAGGAACAGCGAUGGUUUGUGGCGAAAAACAAAUAAAUACCACUACAGAAAUCUGCUGCGGAAAGCUACCUCACGGAAGGUUUAAAGACGGACACGAGUUAGGAUGUUUUCAAGACAUGGUUUUCGACAAAACGCUCAAGGUUGCUUGUGGAGGUCGACUGGAAUUCAGAACAAGUGUGGAGAGGGAAUACACGAAAGACUUCUUCUGCUGUUUUGGCCAGUUUCAUACAAAGGAUAACUAUGACGGAUGCUGUCAUGGUGAUAAGGAGCGGUUGUACAAACGCAGAUUGCAAGAGUGUUGCAAUGGUGUCGUGGUCGAUCGCAAUAUUGGUACUGCUCAGGUGUGCCGCGGAACAGAACUGGUGGAUAGAAAUGACGGAAUAAAUAGAUUACGUCAAUGCAUAGGACCACACGGACAAAAUAUAUUAUACGAUUCAAGCCGCUAUGUUUGCUGCACACAAACCGGUAUGUUGAUGACAAAACCAGACCCAGGUCCAUAUUUCUGUCACGAUGAUGGGGUAUAUAAUUCAUAUCAAAUGCAACUUCUACGUCUAAACAAUGGCACUAAGGUUGUAGUCCAAAAAGGCAUCGAAACGUGUGGGAACGCUUUUAUUACAACGCAAGAUCCUUUUUAUGACAUAAACUGCUGCGACGGUAUUGUCCAUCACGUAGAAAAGAGCAAAUGGAAUACGAUGGAAUGUUGUGGGACAAAGAUGUAUAACUACACAAGCCAAACAUGCUGCAACAACACUAUUUACAACAGUGAUACGGGUUGUUGUAACGGACAUACACCUUACAUUCUGAAGGCCGAAGACUGUUGUGAAAAUAAAGUCAUCGACAGAGCCAAGGAGUUGUGUUGCAGAAACACCAUAGUGACAAAGACACAUCCUUCUCAUUACGAAUGUUGCUACAUUAACCGGACAUGGACAACAUACAAUGAACUCGAUCCGCCUGAUGAGUGUCUUUCGAAACAUAUAAGAAAUACAUUCCGCAUCAGUCCUACAACACCAGGAAGAAGGUCGAGAUGGAAUCAAAACACAGCAAAUGAAACUACAAUGAGAAUCCCAUUAGACGAAUGUCCGUUCACAGAAUGUUACAAUGGGAAACAACGUUCAGCUUGCAGGAAACUAUAUGAGCUUGAUGUUUAUCUUGAAGACGUACUUUUAAUCAAUAAGGGAUCAAAUCUAAACGUGACAAUUAUCCAGCCGGAUGAAUUUGUUAACAGGAAAGUCACAAUUUUUAUGCCAUACACUUGCCCAUGCCUCGAACGUGGCUAUGUAUACACGCUGUUUUCAAGCAGGAGAUGGGUUCGAAAAUUGACAAUAUACGGUGACCAUACGUUUGCAAACUUUCCAACAAUAAACAAAAAGGAUUUUAUUGUGAAAAGAGGAAGUGGGGAGACAAACUUUACAUGUGAAAUUAGAGGAAAACAUUCCGAUUUCUACAAUUCAUGGAGAGGGUCACCACUGUAUUAAAAUUUCACACAGUCGUUAAAUUGGGUAUGCAAUUCACGUUGGAUAAAAACGAACAUGUAACAUUGAGGAUUAAUCAACCAUGUUUUCUAUGAAUCAACAGGACCAUUAAAGAAACAGGAACUCAACGAAGGAAAUUGAUCUGAACAAAAACUUACAUUUGAAUGAAUAAUUGACCUUCGAUUUAGAAAAGGAGAGCGAGUUGCUUGCUUACGACAACUUAAAACAUCAGGGAGAAACGAAUAUGUUGAUAUUAGAUCACCUCAUCCUUGAUCUUCACGUCUGCAUGAUUCCAUUCAAUAUGUCUGCAUGAUUCCAUUCGAUAUGUCUGCAUGAUUCCAUUCGAUAUGUUUGCCUUCGUAUAAAGUGAUUACAACAUACAUCUAUAAAAGCAAAACACACGAUUUAUAUAGAAUUUAUAAGUGUGUUAUGUUUAAGUUAACAUGGGAUUUUUUUGACUUUUCAACUCAAAUUUGUGGAUGUUUUGUUUUUAUUGUAAUCUUCUUAUAAAUCAAUUGUAUGUAUUAUCAAAUAACAAUUAUUGGUACAAACAUGUUAA